CAGUUUUUGAUUACGUACUGGAUCAAAACUUGCAACUUUGCAGCCAGGUAUCCGAGCUGCAGCUACCGGGAAACCUGACAACGACGGAACUCCUAAACCACUGCCUGCCACAUAUAUAAAAUAAAAUACUAAUCCAAGGUAGAUUUCUAAAUCGACUCUCUAUAAUAUAAUCCUGAUAUGUGUUUGACCAUAGAGGUUCGAGGUCAAAACUAGUACUUCACCCGCAAGGCAGAAGCAGCUAUAAAGUCAUCCACGGCAACGGCAACCAUUUCUACGCCGCAAGUGCCACUGCCAUCUCCCAAAAGAUUCCCAAAACUUCUGUAUUUGCAAUACUAUUGAGCAGGUCCAACGACCUUCCACACGGACAAGAUCGAUGAAGCAGACCGUAGUCCUGUACCCCGGCGCCGGCGGCAGCCACGUGGGCGCCAUGACGGAGCUGGCCAACGUCUUCCUCAAGCACGGCUACGACGUCACCAUGGUGCUCGUGGAGCCGCCCUUCAAGUCAUCCGACUCUGGCGCCACCGCCAUCGAGCGCAUCGCCGCCUCCAACCCGUCCAUCUCCUUCCAUGUCCUCCCGCCCCUCCCCGCCCCGGACUUCGCCGCCUCCGGCGACAAGAACCCUUUCGUGCUCAUUUUCCAGCUCCUGCUCGAGUACAACGAGCUUCUCGGAACCUUCCUCCGCUCCAUCCCCAGGAAACGCUUGCACUCCGUCGUCCUCGACAUGUUCUGCAUCCACGCCGUCGACGUCUGCACGAGCCUCGGCGUCCCGGUCUACACGUUCUUCGCCUCGGGCGCGUCGUGCCUGACCGUCCUAACCCAGCUUCCGGCGCUGAUCGCGGGCAGGCAGACGGGUCUGAAGGAACUCGGGGACACGCCACUCGAUUUCCUCGGCGUCCCGCCGAUGCCGGCGUCUCACCUGAUCAAGGAGCUGCUGGAGGACCCGGAGGAUGAGAUGUGCAAGAUCCUGACCAACAUGUGGAAACGCAACACCGAGACGAUGGGCGUUCUGGUGAACACGUUCGAGUCGCUGGAGAGCCGCGCGGUGCGGUCGCUGAGGGACCCGCUCUGCGUCCCCGGCCGGACCCUGCCCCCGAUCUACUGCAUCGGGCCGUUGGUCGGCGAGGGCGCGAAGGAUCAUGCCGAUGACGGAGCGGAGAGGAGGAACGAGUGCCUCACGUGGCUCGAUUCGCAGCCGGACGGCAGCGUCGUGUUCCUCUGCUUCGGAAGCAAGGGCACGCUCUCCGCGGAGCAGCUCAAGGAGAUAGCCGUCGGGCUGGAGAGGUCCGGGCAACGGUUCUUGUGGUCCGUGCGCACGCCGGCCGGAAGCCACGACGCGAAUAAGUACCUGGAGGUGCGCCCCGAGCCGGACCUCGGCGCGCUCAUGCCGGAGGGGUUCUUGGAGCGGACCGGGGACAGGGGCCUCGUCGUCACGUCGUGGGUGCCUCAGGUGGACGUGCUCCGGCACCGCGCGACCGGCGCGUUCGUCACGCACUGUGGCUGGAACUCGGUGCUGGAGGCCGUCGCGGCAGGCGUCCCGAUGCUGUGUUGGCCGCUGGAGGCGGAGCAGAAGAUGAACAAGGUGUGCAUGACGGAGGACAUGGGCGUCGCAGUGGAGCUGGUAGGGUACGGGGAAGGUUUCGUGAAGGCCGGCGAGGUGGACGCCAAGGUGAGGAUGGUGAUAGAGGGCGAGGAAGGGCGGCAGCUAAGGGCGCGGGUGGCUGCUCGCAGAGAAGAGGCGGAGGCGGCGCUGGAGGAAGGAGGCGCGUCACGGGCGGCGUUCCUCCGGUUCCUGUUGGAUGUGGAGAGUAUCAGAGAGCCGAUCGUCGAGUGAUGUAUCUUGUAAUUACGAGGUGUGCAUUGGUGUCUUCCCGUCUUCUUCUACCACCAGUAAAGACGGAAGGAUAAGUUAGCUCACGAACGGGUAUCACAGGAUCCUGAUCAUUUAAAGUAAACCAAAUUUGCAAAGAGGGACACCGAAGCAAAACCCAAUUUGCAACUGAUCUUUGCCAUCUACCAGUAUGUACACUCGUUUCGCUUCUUUUGUAAAACUAUUCCUUCCGUUUUU